GCCAUAGUGUCGGACGCUAGAGCUGUGGCGAUCCUCGUAGGUCUGGUUGUGCAGCUGUUAGGUCUGCGACCCCCCGAGUCUGGUGAAAUCCCAGUUAAAAAAGAAAGAUGAGCACCUAUGAAGAACAAUCAAGUAAUUCUUCAGCCGAAGAGGAUGAUGAAAUGAAAGAUAAACCAUUGUGUGCUAUCGCUCCAGUAACCAUUCAGGAAGAAAGCCCUACGGAUGUUUUCUCAAGUCCUGCUUUUCAAUGUCUGGAUGAGCUUUUAACAUCUGGAAAAAUCCCUGGAGCCAGAGUAGCCGAGCUGAAGGCAAAGUAUAAUUUACUGUACGAGACACUGAAAAGCUUUCAAGAAUCUGAGAUACAGCUUUUACAAGAUGCCAAACGGUUUACCCAUGAAUUGGAACAACAAAAACAAGAGCUGGAAAAAGCAGAGCAGUUCCCUGAGGGAUCCAAUACAGAAGUCUCCAUGUUAAGGCAACAGCUACUUAAAUACAAUAACGACCUAACGCAAACUGAAGAAAGGGAAUAUCAUCUCCAGUAUAAACUAGACUGUCUACAGGAGGAGAAAAGUCUUCUGGAGAGAGAGUAUGAACGAAUCCCAAAAGCUGGGGAGCUUGAAAAAAGAGCCAAGUUGCUGAAAGAAAGCAGUGAGGAGUUACAAAAAGAAAAUGCCCAGAGGAGGCUGGAAAUAAAAGCUCUGAAGGAGGAUGUGGAAAAUAAACAACGGGAGAUCCAGAAAGAACAGAAAGAGCUAGAAAAGAAACUGCAGCAGCAGAAAAUUGUAAAAGAGGAACUUGUACAGAUCCAUAAUAUACCUGCGCAGCUCGGCAAAGACAUGGAGAAGAUUAACCGCAAGAUAAUGGUAACAGAGAAAGAAAAACUACAGCUGGAGGAACAGUGCCAAGACCUAAACCACAGCCUGAAACAGGUAGAACAGAAAAUCAAUAAGAUAAUGGAAGAGAAAGAAGCAGCCAUCAAAGAGGUAGAUGGGAAAAGGAUUUUGUUGGAAAAUAAAGAGCGAGAAUUCAACCAUCUGACAAAACUGCUUGAGAUUUCCAAAGAAGACGAAGCCAUGGCUUUGGGAGAAAGAGCGGCAUUAGAUCUGAACUUGCGUCACACCUUAUUGGAGAAGCAAACGCAGCAUGAUAACCUCACUUGUAAAAACAGAGAGAAAGACAGAGAGCUGAGGAACAUCAAGAAAGCAGAGUUACAGUUCAAGUCAGCAAAUGAUGCUUUAGCACAAACUCAGUCCUUGUAUGACAAGAUCAAAGCAGAGCUAGACAAUUUUCUGUCACCAGAAAAUGGUACGCUUAUGGAAAGGAGGAAAGAGCUACACAAAGAAGUGGAAACAAUUAAAAGACAACUGGCAGAACAGCAAUUACUGACUGAGGCGGAGGUCCGCGAACUGGAAAAAUGCAUUUCUGAAGAAGAGAAACUGGUGAAGGAGCAGGGGGAACGCAGGGAGCAGCUAGUCAACCUAACGCGGCUUGUGCAGAUCAAAGCUGAUGAGAGGGAACAGAAAUCCAGAGACCUCAUAAAAGCCCAGCAAAGAUAUAAGCAAAUCCUGCAGGAAAUCAAAGCAAGAGAUCUGGCUAUUGGAGAACAUAAGAAGAAAACACAAGACAUUAAUAAAAGACUAAAAGAUUUUGCCAAGUUGUAUGAUGUUCUACGCAAUGAGAGGAAUAAGUGCGUUAGUCUAAUCCAGAUGUCCAACCAGCGAGCCGCAGAACUGCGUGAAAAGCUCACAAUUCUUGGAAAUGAAAUAGAGAUCUUAAGAACCAAUGUUUCAAACAAAGACAGACAGCUACAAAAGACCAGGUUAAAGCUGAGCAAUAAUCACAUGAUUCGUGAUAGCCUUCGAAAGGAAGUCGGCAGAGUAAGCCAUUACCUUCAGGAAAUGAAAGAAACCAAGGAACAGCAAAAAAUGGAAAUUGGCCGUCUGACCAAUAUGAUCAACCAGGCCGAGGAAGACAUGGUGCAGCUUCGUAAGAAGUAUGAAACUGCUGUCCAGAACAGAAAUGAAAGUGGGGUUCAGCUUAUUGAGAGAGAAGAGGAGGUCUGCAUUUUCCAUGAGAAAAUUAACAUUCAAGAGACACUUCUCAGAAAAGGGGAUAUUGAAAUAAUGGCACUGGAUGAGAAGAUUCGAUUCCUUAAAAUGAACCGUAAAGAAAAAAAGCGGCAGAUUAAACAGGCUGAGAAAAGCCUGCCAAACAAACAUGCAUUGGAAUCAGAUCUUGUGACUCUCCAAAUUCAGCUUUCUCAGUGCAAUGACCAAAUACAGGAAUUGGAAAAGAAGGCAGAGAAUCCCAAAACAGAAAACCGGAUUCGCCUAUUAAAAGGAAGAGAACCUACCCUUCAAGAACUUAUGAAAAAAAUUGAAGAGCUGGAAUUGCAUUUGACAGAGAAGGAACAGUGCUUGAUGGAAAAGGACUUUCUGUAUGAACAUAUUUCACAACUUUCAGACAAACUUCAGCAGAAAACAGAGAGCGGCAAGGAGGACACCAUAGCCCUUGCUAAAAAGAUGAAUGAGCUCAGAAAGAUGAUAAAAGACACUAAUCGGAAAAUGAUGGCACUCAUUGCGGAGUUGUCUAUGCAGCAAGCUAACUGCAUAAAACUUCAACAUGAGGCUAGAGAAAAGGAUAGGUUUGUGGAAACUUGUUACAAAAGGUUGGAUGAAGGAUUGCCACCCUGCAACGAAAUGGAUCAGGAGUGGGAGAAAAUAGUGCGGGACGAGCAUAGACGCCGCCUGGACAAAGAACAGAAGGCUAAAAUACAAGAAGAGGAAAAUCAACAGUUGCUGCCCAGUGGCGUUUACACAACAGCAGAGCAACGUCCAAAUGCCUAUAUACCAGACGCUGAAAGUGCUCUUCCUCUGCCCCGGCCGUACGGCAGACUAGCACCAUUCAAACCAAGCGAGCUAGGAUCAAGCAUGAGGCACAUCAGAAGGCCGGUUAUCAAGCCCAUAGAGAUUUAAAGGAAAUGUGUAUUACAUCCAGUGCUUUUAAUAGACGCUCUAUACCCACGGUGGAUCUUGGGUGGGUAUUUUGCAGCUUUGUUUCCUCUGUCUCAGUCAGACGAUUAUUAGUAUGUUACAUACUUCAUCUUUUGCGGAAUUUUAGUGCCUGCAGAGCAGAUUAGUGCCUGUUACGCUUUUGGGAAUGGACCACGUGCCAAAUGCAUUUUGUUAUAACACUUCUGAACCAAUUCUGGCAGUUCGCCUGCCUACUUCUACCAGUCAAAUGGGUUGUGUUUAAUAUUUUAUAUUUAAGCCCACAGCUCAGAGUGCCAUCUGCAAACAUUUCACUGUACAGCACCUCUGACAUUACUGAUGAUGCAGAUCACAUUAAUGAACAAUCUUACUGUUAAUUUGCAAUAUUAUAUUUUACAAUAAAUAUGUAAAACA